AUGUUCGCGAGGAAGCGGUCGGCGGUACACGAGGUGCGGGGGCAUACGGCAAGGCGGGGUGGCGGCGGCGUCACACGCAGCGACAUCGGGUGCGGCGUCGUUGGCUGCUCGCUCUGCGCGGCCGCCGUCUGCGGCGAGCGCGGGCCGUGUGUGGUGCCCACCGCGCCCAUCAUCAUCCCCGACACCAACGUUGUCCUGCAUAACAUGAACGCCCUGGAGGACGCCCGGGUGCAGAACAUCGUGUUCCUCUCGACCGUCGUGUCGGAGGUGCAGAACCGCAAUAAGGCCAUCUACGCGCGUCUGCAGCGACUCCUGCGGGAGGAGCGGAAGCAGUGCUACGCCUUCCCCAACGAUCACCACGACCAAACGCACUGCAUGAUGGAGCGCGACGAAACCCCCAACGACUACAACGACCGCUGCAUUCGCGUCGCAGCGCGGUGGUACGGGCGGCACGUCCUCCUCGCCUUUCCGGCCUCGCCGCCAAGCGUGGUGCUCGUCUCGCACGACAAACUGCUUCGGCAGGCCUUCACCACGGCCGCGGAGGAAGGCGCCACCCCGAACCUGUCCUGUGUCACGCUGCGACAGUUUCUGGAGCAGGCGGUGAGUACCGGGUCGGACCUGCUGGAGAAGAUUCAGUGCGAGCAGCCGGCAGGGAUGAAGGAGUCGCCCAAGGCGGGGGCGCUCUUUCAGCCACACGUGGCGGCCGCUGCAUUGGAGGCAGGAAUACACAACGGCGCCUACCUUCGCGGCAAACUGCGCGUGAGUGAGACGAAUUGCUUUUUCGGGGAAAUCCGCGGGCAGUGGGAGGGGCACAACUUCCCCCGCGUCCUACUGCCCGGCCGCGCCAACUUGAACCGUGCCAUUCACGGCGACAUUGUUGCCGUUGAGCUGCUGCCGAUGUCGCUUUGGCGCGGCCCGAAGGAUGCAAAGCCGCUUGAGGACGACGCCACAACGGAGGCGGCGGCGCUCGCGGCGGGUUACACGCCAGUGGGGAGGGUGGUUGGGAUUACCAACAUGGAGCGGCGGCCGUUCUGCGGUAGUAUUGACGUGGAGGAGCUCAAACGUCUCACUGCGGCGCAGGCGACGGUGUCGGGUGCGGUCAGUGUGUUGUUUCAGCCAAAGGACAACCGCAUUCCGCGCAUCCGAAUUUCCACGCGGCACCUGGAGGACCUGAAGGACAAGCGACUGAGCGUCAUCAUUGACGACUGGCCGGAGUACAACAGCUUCCCUGUGGGCCACUACGUCGAGGUGCUCGGGACCAUUGGGGACAAGGACACCGAGGCCAAAGUCAUUCUCCUCGAGAACGACGUCCCCCACUACGACUUCAGUGAGGCCGUGUAUGACUGCCUGCCCAAGGGACAGUGGAGCGUCUCGACGGAGGAGCUGGGACGUCGACUGGACCUGCGGGACUUGUGCGUCGUCAGCGUGGACCCGCUCGGGUGCCGCGACAUCGACGACGCGCUGCACUGCCGCGUCGUGAACGGCAACCACCUGGAGGUGGGAGUUCACAUUGCGGACGUCACGCACUUUUUGCGGGAAGGCACAGCCAUGGAUGAGGAGGCGGCGAAGCGUAGCACCAGCGUCUACCUUGUUGACAGGCGAAUCAACAUGCUGCCGCAGCUCCUCACGGAAAACCUCUGCUCAAUUGUCGCCGACGAGGACCGCUACGCCUUCUCAAUCAUGUGGGAGUUUGAUGAGAAUUACAACGUGGUCCGCGACUACUUUGGAAAGACGGUGAUUCGCUCCCGCGCGGCACUCUACUACGGGGACGCGCAACGCAUGAUAGACGACGCCAACGACACAAGCGAGAUCGCCGUUUCGCUGCGGCACCUGAUGAACAUCAGUCGCCAUUUCAAGGCGAAGCGGGAGAAGGACGGCGCCCUGUUCCUCGCCUCACAGGAGUUUAAGUUUAAGGUGGACAACGACCACGUGAAUCCCACGGACAUGCAGGUGUACCAAACCUUCGAGGCGAACUCCAUGAUUGAGGAGUGGAUGCUCUUCGCCAAUGCGGCGGCGGCGCGGAAGGUGUAUGCGAGCUACCCGCGCUGGACUCUCUUGCGCCGCCACCAGCGCCCCGCGGAAAACGCGUUUGACACCUUGAAUGAGGCCCUGCAGCGAACAGUUGGCCUUCAGCUUGACGACACGACUUCCUUGACGCUAAACAACUCACUUAAUGCCUGUAUCGACCCAAACGACGCGUACUUUAACCGACUGAUCCGCAUCCUCGUCACACGCUGCCUGCGGCAGGCGCAGUACUUCUCCAGCAGCGAGGUUCCACAGGAUGAGUUCUACCACUUUGGCCUCGCCAUGCCAAUCUACACCCACUUCACCUCCCCCAUUCGCCGGUACGCGGACGUGGUUGUGCACCGGCAGCUGGCGGCGGCUCUCGGCAUAAUGCAGGUUAGUGAGAUGCACACCGACUCGGUCAAGAUGGAGGCCCUUGCGGGGAACAUUAACUACCGCCACGAGCAGGCGCAACGGGCAGGGCGCGAUUCUCAGAACCUCUUUACAGGUUUUUACCUGCGCAACUUUGCGGACCAGGCCAUACCGGAUGAAGACGGGUACGUCGUGAAACUCUCCGAGACUCACGUCUUUGUGCUGGUUCCAAAGUAUGGUCAGGAGGGAAAGAUUCCGAAGGAGCAACUCUUGCGUGUGCCAGACCUGCUUGAGCGGGUUCGGGUUGGCAUUGAGGUGCGCCGGCAGGGCGAUGUGCUGCGAACCACGCUGGCGUUUUCGCUGCUUGGUAUGAUGAAGGCGGGGGACGAGGAGAACGAAGGGAGCGACGUCUGCCCCGGGGCGAAGAACGAGGAGCCAUCGGCAGCGGACGAGGUGGCGGGCGAGACGGAGCCGGUGCGGAAGAAGCCGCGGGUGAUGAAGGGGGAGGCGAAGGAAUAA